GAAAGCAGGUACUGUGAAAUGGUGAGACGGAUGGAAUUUGACCAACACCUUGGACCAUAUCCUUUGGAUCAUUUUGGAAAUUGGAAACAACUUUCUUGUUACAUUUCAGAGAGUACAAUUUCACGAAUUGAACCUGUUGGGGCAGAAAUUAGUAUAGCACAUGAAUCUGUUUUAUUUGACCAAGAGCAGAAAGCGGAGAUGGAUAAGUGGUUGUCGGCACAAGUAAACAAAAGCAGUUUUUCAGUGUGUCUUCCAGAAAAAACUGUGAAGCGAAGAUGCUUUUACAUAACUAUUCCCAAAAUUGUUAAGCAGAAGAAUAUCACUGGUGAAGAGCUUACUGCCUUGAACCUUGAUAAGACUAUGUUACUUAAGAACAUACUCAUGACAAACUUUGGAGAGGAUGAAGACCUACUUCUAGGAGAGCUGCAAUUCUCAUUUAUCGCAUUCAUGAUGGGGCAAUCAUUGGAAGCUUUUAUCCAGUGGAAAGAUUUAGUAAGCCUUUUUUUCAGCUGUACUGAGGCACCACUUAGGACCAGGAGUCAGCUGUUUACAAAGUUCAUCAGAGUGAUCUACUUCCAACUAAAGCAUGGUUUUCACAGGGAGCAGAAGGGCAACAUUGUUGAUAAGGGACCAUCCCUAUUCCUGGAUGACGAUUGGUUCUCCAAGGAUAUUUUUCUAUACCGCCUCUGCAAGGAGUUCUUUCUGUUGGUGUUAAAUGCAGAAGUUAUUGACGGAGACCUUCUGUCAUUGACAAGAAAACUAAAGAAAUUACUGGAGACCACAUUAGGGUGGGAUUUUGUGUAUAUGGAUGCCAUGUUAGAUGAAGAUGAUGAGUUUGCUCCAGUUGUGGUACCUUUAAAUGAAGCAACUCCAAUGUCCCAUGAUGGUCAAGCUUCUUAGGGGUUGGUAUGUAAAUUUCUGAAAUGAAAAACUUCAUUUAACUUAUGAUUGUAUUGUUUAGAUUUCCCUAACUUCACAUCCAUGAAUAUGCCGUGUUCUAAUUUCGAACAAGAUUAGAGGAAUUCAAUUAAAAUUUAUCAGGAAAACAUUGUAGAGGAGGUUUAAAGCUCACCACCUGGGGGUUUGGGGGCUGAAAAUGUAUCUUGUAUUUGUGAUUAUUUUGUUAAGAA